ACCAGCUGUAGGAAAUGGUGAAAGAAACCACUUAUUAUGAUGUUUUGGGGGUCAAACCCAAUGCCACCCAAGAAGAAUUGAAAAAGGCUUACAGGAAACUGGCCUUGAAGUACCACCCUGAUAAGAAUCCAAAUGAAGGAGAGAAGUUUAAGCAGAUUUCUCAAGCUUAUGAAGUGCUCUCUGAUGCAAAGAAAAGGGAAUUAUAUGACAAAAGAGGAGAGCAGGCAAUUAAAGAAGGUGGAGCAGGUGGCGGUUUUGACUCCCCCAUGGACAUCUUUGAUAUGUUUUUGGGGGGAGGAGGCAGGAUACAGAGAGAAAGGAGAGGUAAAAAUGUUGUGCAUCAACUCACAGUAACCUUAGAAGAUUUAUAUAAUGGUGCAACAAGAAAACUAGCUCUGCAAAAGAAUGUGAUUUGUGACAAAUGUGAAGGCCGAGGUGGUAAGAAAGGAGCAGUAGAGUGCUGUCCCAAUUGCCGAGGUACUGGAAUGCAAAUAAUAAUUCAUCAAAUGGGACCUGAAAUGGUUCAGCAAAUUCAGUCUGUCUGCAUGGAGUGCCAGGGCCAUGGAGAGCAGAUCAGUCCUAAAGAUAGAUAUAAAAGCUGCAAUGGAAGGAAGAUAGUUCAAGAGAAGAAAAUUCUAGAAGUUCAUAUUGACAUAGGUCAGAUUGUCAAGUAUGGAGGUAUCAAGUGUGUGCUAAAUGAAGGCAUGCCAAUUUAUCGUAGACCACAUGAAAAGGGUCGCCUAAUCAUUGAAUUUAAGGUAAACUUUCCUGAGAAUGGCUUUCUCUCCCCUGAUAAACUCUCUUUGCUGGAAAAACUCCUACCUGAGAGGAAGGAAGUAGAAGAGACUGAUGAAAUGGACCAGGUAGAACUAGUGGACUUUGAUCCAAAUCAGGAAAGAUGGCGCCAUUACAAUGGAGAAGCAUAUGAGGAUGACGAACAUCAUCCUCGGUGUGGUGUUCACUGUCAGACCUCCUAA